UCUACUUUUUGCCUGUUCUCGCAAUUAAUGCACCUUCUUCCUUCCAAUAAAUAACUCUCUCUCUCUAGAAUCUAACCUCUUUCUUACUCUCAUCUCAAUUUUACAACUCCAAAGAAACCAAUGGUGUAGGGGAUGCUGGUUUGGACUAUUCAUGAAUGGAGACCAUGAUAAUUAUAUAAAUGAGAUUCCCUUUGCAGGACAAGUGAGCAAGACAGCCUUAUCUGGUUUUGUUAUUGAUUCACGUUGCCUCCAGUGGAUUGACAUUUGACCAAGAUAAACAUACCAUAGUUUUCGUUAUUAGGCUCCAAAAUUCCCUGGUUUGGUGUAUGGGAAUCUCUGGAGUUUCAGUAGCCUUGUGCCUGGUUUACCAUAUAACCUGAUUUGGGAAUUCCAUGUGAGAUCUGUUCUCACAGAAGGAGGAACCUCGCGCCUUAUUUCGACCAGAUGUGAGUUACUGGGACUGUGCAAAUGGGGGGUUGCAUCUCAACUAGCAGUCGGAGUACUUGUAGCAGCCGCAGCAAUGGAGAGAUUAUUUCUCCCUCUUGUAUGGGCAUUGGAUUUUGUGGGCAAAAAAGAACUAGGAAAACAUUUUUUGAUCAAGUGACUACUUUGCAACAUUUGUCAUCCAUUCCUAAUCGGGUUUUCGCAAAUGGAAGGAGUCGAACUUCUUGUAUAUUCACUCAGCAGGGCCGUAAGGGUAUAAACCAGGAUGCCAUGAUCGUGUGGGAAGAUUUUAUGCCAGAAGAUGCUACUUUUUGUGGCAUAUUUGAUGGCCAUGGUCCACAUGGUCAUCUUGUUGCCCGAAAAGUAAGGGAUACUCUGCCACUGAAGCUAUUGUCGUUCUUACACUCUCAUGAAUCGAAGCAAAAUGUGUCUAGUACUACUUGUUGCACCCGGAACCUAAAAUCAGAUGUUGGAGAUCUUGAGAAGGAUGGUGGCGCUACAGAGGAUAAAGUGUAUUCUGUAUGGAGAGAAGCUUUUCUUAAAUCAUACAAGGCCAUGGACAAAGAGCUGAGAUCCCAUCCUAACCUGGAUUGCUUUUGCAGUGGUAGCACUGCUGUCACUAUGGUGAAGCAGGGGUCAAAUCUAUUCAUGGGAUAUAUUGGGGAUUCUAGGGCAAUCUUGGGAUCUAAAGACAACAACGAUACUAUGGUAGCGAUUCAGUUGACUGUUGAUCUAAAGCCUGAUUUGCCAAGAGAAGCUGAAAGGAUUAAACGUUGUAAAGGUAGGGUUUUUGCGUUGCAAGAUGAGCCUGAAGUACAAAGAGUUUGGUUGCCAUUUGACGAUGCCCCUGGCUUAGCAAUGGCUCGAGCAUUUGGGGACUUCUGCUUGAAGGAGUACGGGGUGAUAUCUAUACCUGAGUUUUCUCACCGGGUUCUUACAGAGAGAGAUAAAUUCAUUGUUCUUGCUUCUGAUGGGGUCUGGGACGUACUAAGCAAUGAGGAAGUGGUUGAGAUAGUUUCAUCAGCUCCAACCCGGUCAUCAGCUGCACGAAUUCUGGUUGAUUUUGCAGCCCGUGAAUGGAAAUCUAAAUACCCAACAUCGAAGAUGGAUGACUGUGCAGUGGUUUGCUUAUUUUUGGACGGGAAAAUGGACUCAGAAUCUGAUUAUGAUGAACAAGGUUUCUCUUCAGCAACUCUUCAGAGCAAUCAUUCUGGUAAUGCAGCAGAAUCAGAUGAUGGCCAGAACUCUGAGCCAUCUUUGCAGAGAAAUUUUACUGUCAGAUCAUCUGAAGAAAACGAACCCUACAAAAGAGUAUCGGCCGAGGUUGAAGGAAAUGAAAAUGCAGUGUCCGAAGAUCAGAAUUGGUCAGGUUUGGAAGGAGUCACACGAGUGAACUCGCUUGUUCAACUUCCAAGAUUUUCUGAGGAAAGACCAAAAACUUAAUUUUUGUAAUAUCUGAGAAAUUAAAUGGGAUUAGUUGUGUUGUAAUACCUUGGCUUCAGCCUCAAAAAUCCAAGUAAUAGAAAAUCUUUCUGGAUUGAGUGUUCA